AUGGUGAAGCUGGGCUGCAGCUUCUCUGGGAAGCCAGGCAAAGACCUUGGGGCACAGGAUGGGGCUGCCAUGGACAUUGUCCCUCUCAUCAGCUCAUUGGAUGUCAGCCAACUGCCACCACCAUUUCCAGAGCAGGUAAUCAUCAAGACACAGACAGAGUACCACCUGUCUUCCCCAGAGUGGGACCUGGAGGCCCAGAAGCUGAACUGCAGCCAGUCACAGGAAGGGUGCAAGCUGCCCGCUGGCCGGAUGAUCGCCUUCGUGUUGGCCUUCACGGGAUGUGUUCUGAUCAUGUACAAGGCCAUCUGGUAUGAUCAGUUCACCUGUCCAGACGGCUUCCUGCUUCGGCACAAAAUCUGCACGCCCCUGACCCUGGAGAUGUACUACACGGAGCUGGCUCCUGAGCGCCAUCACAGCGUCCUGGCGGCCAUUGGGGCCUACCCACUGGGCCAUAAGUAUGGCACCGAGAUACCCCUGCCAUGGGCAGAGAGCUACCACACCACAGCCAAGGAGAACCGCAAAGGGUCCACCCAGGUGGAGGUGGCAGAUGUGGAUUCAGGGAAGCCCCCAGCCAAGGGCAAGAAGGAUGAGACCAGCAAGGUGGCAGGGAGCUUAGCACCCUUGGCCCUACAGUGA